AUGGAUAUUGAUUCUGGUUUCCGCGAGGUCGAAUUGAAGCCGGUGCCCACGGUCCGAGCGGAUCUGACCAACAGGGUGCUGCCCCAGAUGAAGCUUGGAGACGGCAUCCCCGGGUCGCUUGUAUCUCCGCCGUCGCCCCUACCCCGCAGUGCUUCCCCGGACGAGCGCGCGGCCUUGCGCUUCCGCCUGGUGGGUGGUGCCGCGAUUGUGACAGGUGGUGCGGGCGAUUUGGGCUUUGCUGCGUCAAGGGCUCUCCUGGAGCAUGGCCUCAAAGGGCUCAUGAUAUUCGACACGAAUCCCAAAGAGGCCGCCGCCAAGGUCAAGACUUUGGAGGAUGAGUUCCCAGGCACCACUAUCCGCUUUAUCAAAGUGGAUGUAGCCGAUGCCGAGGCCGUAGCUGCAGCAGUCUCGGAAACUGCCAGGCUUCUUGGCAGCGUAGACAUUUUGCUCAACUUUGCCGGCAUGGUCAUGUGCCAGCAUGCCAUUGACAUGGCGCCAAAUGAGUGGAAUCGAGUUAUGAAUGUCAAUACCAGCGGCGGUUUCUUGUGUGCUCAGGCAGUUGCGCGACAGAUGAGGAAGCAAGGCACCGGUGGUAGUAUGAUUUUCGUUGCGAGCAUUUCGGCGCAUCGCGUCAACUACCCUCAGCCACAGGUAUCGUACAACGUUUCGAAAACUGCCGCCAUGGCCAUGGUGAAGAGCCUGGCAGCCGAGUGGGCCUAUAUGGGUAUCAGGGUCAAUAGCAUUUCUCCAGGUUAUAUGGACACAAUCCUCAACGAGGGUAUAGGUCUUGAUAAUGCAAGGAAUAUCUGGCUUAGUCGCAAUCCCAUGCGCAGAAUGGGCCAACCGGAUGAACUGACGGGUGCCAUCGUGCUACUGGCCAGUCGAGCCGGCAGUUAUAUCAACGGUGCAGAUAUCGUGAUCGAUGGUGGCCAAACACUUUUCUGA